GUAAAAACUCCAAAACAAAAGAAUACAAAACACACACACACACUGUGUGUAAGGAAGAUCAACCACCAAGAGUUUUCCCUUUUUCUUAAUUUCACUUUCUUUUUUUUUAUUUAUAUAAAAUCAUUUCUUGUCUGCUUCUUCAUCUGCUGCUGUUCCGGCCGUUCAUCCACCGCUACAUUUUUCGCUGUCAAAGCUGAUUUAAAUUACUGGCUUUAAUGGAUGGGAAUGGGAACCGCCAACUGGAGGUCCAGUACAUGAACACGGGAUUCCCGUACGCAGUCACCGAGACUUUCAUGGACUUCUUUGAUGGAAUUUCGCAUCAACCUGCACACUAUGCUCAUCCUGGUCCCAUACAUGAUCAGGAGCAUGCAUAUUGGUCAAUGAAUAUGAGUUCAUAUAAAUACGGAUUACCUGCUCAUGGAAGUAUACCAUAUUACGAUCCAUAUGAAGUUCAACAUUACGUACCAAGGAUGGAUAUGAACCGAAGUGCAUGGGAAUACCCUGUAAUGAUGAAUGUCACAGAACCUGCUUCUGCAGAUGUGCAGAGUGCUGAGAAUCCAGCUCCAAGUAUGCAAGCUAUUCCUGAAGAAUGCAGCAGUCCAAAUGAUGACAGUGCUUCUAGCUCUCAGGUUGUUUGGCAGGAUGACAUUGAUCCGGACAAUAUGACAUAUGAGGAAUUACUUGAUUUAGGUGAGGCAAUCGGGACUGAGAGUCGUGGUCUGUCUCAGGAGCUUAUUGAUUCGCUUCCAACUACACGAUACAAGUCUGGCAGCUUUUUCUUGAGAAAAAAAUCUGGAGAAAGGUGUGUGAUUUGUCAAAUGAGAUACAAGAGAGGGGACAAACAAAUCAAUUUGCCAUGCAAACAUGUUUAUCAUACUGAAUGCGGCUCAAAAUGGCUGAGUAUUAACAAGACAUGUCCUAUUUGCAACGUGGAAGUUCUUGGUGAAGAAUCAAAUCAAAACUGAACUCUCUAUCUUAUGGAAAUGGUGAAAUACGAAGCGAAGGAGUUGAUCAGUGACGUCUUCUCCAAGUUUUCCCAUCUUUUUCCUUUUGGAAUUUUCUUUUACUUACAUAGAGGUAGUUCCCAACUCAAGUUUGUCCUUAAUCACAUGUUUUAUAGGACGUGUCAUUAGCUUUAUAAAAAGGUGAAUAUGAAUGACUCAGAUUGAUUGCAGUCAUUUUGUUAGGUAAAUCAUUUUCUAAGGUUAUCAAAAAUGGAUUGGGGCCUUCGCGUGUAGUUAUAUUCCUAGAGUUGGAAAAUAGUAUUUGUUUUUUUAGUGCAACUCGGAGAUGUUGCAUUGCCAAGUUACAAUAUCUUGAUUAGA